UACCAGUAACACCAAUUCAUCUCACCUUCAUCAGUUUGUUCAAAUCCAUGGCUCUUGAAACAUGGCUGAUUAAGGUAAAGAAGCUGAUCUCAGAUGGUCUCGAAACAAUUAAAUCCAAUAAGAUUUCCAAGAAAUCUAACCUCGGCGUUUUAGCCUUCGAGAUCGCUGGGCUCAUGUCGAAGCUCAUCCAUCUUUGGCAAUCCCUGUCCGACAAGAGCAUCAUUCGUCUUCGCCAUGAAUCCAUAUCUCUCGAAGGAGUUCGCAGGAUAGUAUCCAACGAAGAUUCUUUCCUCUUAGCUCUUGCCUGUGCAGAGAUGGUUGAGAACUUAAGGCUUGUAGCCAAAUCCGUGUCAAGGCUCAGCAAAAGUUGCAGCGAAGAUUCGGGUCUCCAGUGUUUCGGUAGCUUAUUCGAAGAUUUCGCUAACACAGGCCUCGAUCCCAACGGUUGGGUGUUGAGUUGGAAGGAGAUGGAAUCCAAGCUAAAGCAAAUGAAUCGUUACGUCACUCUAACCAUGACUCUCCAUAAAGAGAUGAACGAGGUUUCGGAACUCGAGCACUGUUUGAAGAAAUUACUCAAAGAGAAGAAGAUUGUUGAUCUCCAACAAAAGCUGUUUUGGCAUAAACAAGAAGUGAAGUACCUCAAAGAGAACUCUCUUUGGGAAAGAAGCUUUGACACUGUCACGUUAUUGCUUGCAAGGUCAGUGUUCACUGUUCUAGAAAGAAUUAAGCUUGUGUUCAGCGUUGGACCAGCAAUCCAUGGCCCUUGUCCACCUCGCUAUAACCUCUCCUUAUCAGCCACGGUUCACCCAUCUGAAACUACUACUACUACUACUACUACUACUACAUGUAAAUUUGAAUUCUUGGAGUCGAAUUCAAAGAUACUAAAGCCACCACCAAGUACCUUAGGAGCAGCAGCCCUUGCUCUACACUAUUCUAAUUUGAUUAUUGUGACAGAGAAGAUGAUUAGAUCACCACAAUUGGUUGGUAUUGAUGCGAGGGAUGAUCUCUAUGCCAUGUUGCCUUCUAGUAUUAGAGUUUCACUGAGGGCUAGAUUGAGAGGUGUUGGAUUCUCUGCGAGUGAUCCAGUGCUUGCCGCCGAGUGGAGAGAUGCCAUGAGUAGGAUUUUGGGUUGGUUAUCACCUUUGGCUCAUAAUAUGAUUAUAUGGCAGAGUGAACGUAGCUUUGAGAAGCAGAAUUUGAUACCAAAGGCAAAUGUUCUUCUUCUUCAAACACUGUACUUUGCAAACCAGGCCAAGACAGAGGCCGCCAUCACUGAGCUUCUCGUUGGUCUGAAUUAUAUUUGGAGGUUUGAGAGAGAGAUGAAUGCUAAGGCCUUGUUGGGUUGCUCCAAAUUACCGAAUUUGCAGAGCUCUUGUUGAGGUCUGAGAAAUGAUUUUUAUUUU